ACAGCCUCAUACCCAAACCCUGUUGUUUCUUUUCCCUCUUCUUUUUCUAUGAUGGCAUUGGAUAUGAUAGAUGUUGUUCCAAGAACGAGGAUGGAGGAAGCUGCUUCCGCUGGAUUAAAGAGCAUGGAGCAUCUCAUUCGACUCCUUUCUCCAACCUCUUCUUAUUCCAAUUCUUCUUCUUCUCCUCUUCUCAAUACCAAUCCCAACAACCUCCACUGCUCCCAAAUCACCGACUUCACCGUCUCCAACUUCAAACAAGUCAUCAACCUUCUCAACCGCACCGGCCACGCCCGCUUCCGCCGCUCUCCACCCCAAGCCCAAGCCCAAGCCCAAGCCCAAACCCAAACAAGUCUUCAGCCUCAACCAGAAACCCAACAAGGGUUCAGUUUAGAUUUCGUGAAGCCCACCAUUCUAAACUCAAAACCCAGCAACAAAGACGAGACUUUGACCCUCUCCACCACCUCCUCCUCCUCCUUCACGUCCUCCGUCACCAACGACGCCAGCGUCUCCGACGGCAAGAUCGGCCCUUUCCUCCCUCCCUCCGCCGCCAAGCCACCUCUCUCCUCCGCCCACCGGAAAAAGUGCCGCGACGCUGCCGCCGCACUCUCCACCAAACCCUCCUGCCACUGCUCCAAGAAAAGGAAAUCACGCGUGAAACGAACGAUUCGUGUGCCGGCGGUAAGCUCCAAGAUCGCCGAUAUCCCAUCGGACGAGUACUCGUGGAGAAAAUACGGUCAAAAACCGAUCAAGGGUUCACCUUACCCUCGAGGGUACUACAAGUGCAGCACCGUGAGAGGGUGUCCGGCGAGGAAGCACGUGGAGCGAGCGCAAGAUAACCCCAAGAUGCUAAUAGUGACUUACGAGGGUGAGCACCGUCACGUUCUUCCGUUAACUGCCGCUGCCGGCGUUAGUUUCGGCCAUUAAUAGAGUUGAGUAAUCGACGUCGUCGUUUCGGAAACCUGACGGGGGACGUUAGAUGACCGUCGGAUCGUGACGGUAACGGCGGAUGCGAACGAGGUUCGGUUCGUGGACGGAAAAAAGAGGGAAUGAAACUAUGAAAGCCAACAUUUGGGUUGUGGUCUUUGACGGAGUCUCUUAUGUUGACGAGGACUUUUGUGUAAAUUUGACCCAAAGUAAAGUUAGUACAGGUCUCGAAAAAAUGAAAUUAUAGUGAUCUCAUCUGUUUUUCUUUUAUGCAAA